AUGGACCUCAUCUGGAUCGUACUCGCCCUGCUCACCCCGUUUAUGCUACGCUUCUUCCGCUCCUCCCCGCCCACGAUGCCCCUCGUCGGUCCCGUCAUUGCCCUCUCCCACGGCGGAGGCCCGAUGCCUCUGCUGGGCGAUCCCGGCCAUAAAACCAUCAUCGCCUCGCUGCGGAACCGCAUCCCGCAGAUCCUGCGCCUCGACUCGCCCGCCCACCGCCCGCGCGCCAUCGUCCUCGUCACCGCGCACUGGACCACCCCCCACCCCGUCAUCUCCUCGGGCGCCUCCCCCGCGCUCCUCUACGACUACUACGGCUUCCCCGCCGAGACCUACGCCGUCAGGUACCCGGCGCCCGGCGCGCCCGACGUCGCCGCCGCCGUCGCCGCCGCCAUGACCGCCCAGGGCCUCGCCCCGACGCUCGACUCCACGCGCGGCUGGGACCACGGCGUCUUUGUCCCGCUCAAGCUCGCCAUCCCGGACGCCGACAUUCCCGUCGUCCAGGUCUCGGUGCUCGAGAGCGAGGAUCCCGCGCAGCAUCUGCGCAUGGGCCGCGCGCUGGCGGCGCUGCGCGACGACAACGUUGCCAUCGUCGGGUCCGGGUUCGCCUCGUUUCACAAUCUGGGCAUCAUGCAGUCGCUGCGCGGCUUCUCGGGCAACUCCCUCGACAAAGGCUGGCUGGCGUUCAAAGCCAAGACGGACGAGUGGAACGGCGCGCUGACAGAGGCCGUGACGGCGGCGAAUGGCACGGAGAGAGAGGCCAAGGUGGCGAGGUGGCGCGAGUUUCCGCACGCGGACAUGAUGCACCCGCCACGAGGCGGCGAGCACUUUAUGCCGCUGAUUGUGUGCGCGGGCGCGGCGAGGGAAGACGACGGCGCGGCAAAGACGUACAAGGAUGAGUACAUGGGUGUUGACAUCUUCACGUAUUACUGGGGGGCGCCGGCCGUGGCAGCUUAA